AAGGGCAUAUGGGUUGGUGUGCCUUGAAGACAUCCGACAAAAAUACGGUAAGAAAAGUUGAAAGCAACCAAUUACGAGAAAUAGGGGAUUGAUCUGAAGUGAAAGGUAGGUAACUGCAGGCAGAGCAAGGUAAUCGGGGUUUUGGAUUGGAGUUUGAUGGCAGUAGUGAUGGGAGGUUUAUAUUAAUAUAGACUAGGUAUAGGAUAAUUGGUAGACGAGAGUUAAGUAUGAGAACAGACCAACAGCCCCACAUGUUGAUGUGGGCAUUUAAUGCAAUGAGGUGGCAGAGUAAGGACAUGCCAGAGCUCUUAAGAAGCUGCAGAUGAGUUGGUGAUAUUUGAAGGUGAGGAGGGAAAGAAGGGGAAGAGUGUAGUGUCGGUGUCAUCAUCAGCUGCUUCAUGUCGUUCUUGUUACCGACUAGGAAGGGAUUGGGUUUUUGAAUAUAAGUGUUCGGUUGGUAUUUUAUAGCCCUGCAUUGUUAGAUUGUGUGGGGCAGAUGAGAUUGAUACUUGGUUCAUGUGAAAAAAAUGAAGGUCAAUGGCGGAGAGGAAGGUGAUGAUGUUGGCAUGUGGGUUUACAGUGUGGAUUUAACUCUCAAGUCUUGACAUAUUAUUCCUUUAGGUGGGCCUUCAGAUGGGUGACCUCUGGUGUUGUCUUUGACGAGUGGCGGACAGAAAAGCGAAAGGGAGAAUAAAGGUGGACAACAAACUUGGGUUGAAGGAGGGGGCCAUUGGCCAACCAGGCGAGAAGGUUGAAGGGAUUAUUGGGUUUUCAGCUUAGUUUUAGGGGAGCCCAUGACAGUGCAAGGUGAUUGAUUAUUUCAGACAGGUCAUGGUGGACCUGGUGGGGUUCGGUUUGUAAUGAUUGGUAAACGUGUUCAAGAAUGUGUGAGGUGGAUGCAAAUAUUCAAUUUUUGAGAUGAACAGUAAAACGAGACCACCUUGCCCUGCUGUUCUUUUCCAGUGAGGCCUUGCGUGCAGGGGUAUUUUUACUCUCGGCAAUGUUGGUAUCUGGCUGUGUUUCUAGACUGACGUUUAAAAGUGAUAGGAAUUAAGCAUUUGGGGCUGCUGAAUAAUAAUAAAUCUUGAGAAUGAGGAGGCAUGGUUGGGAGCUACCUUACCACCCGCUGCAGGUUGUUGCUGUGGCAGUGGUUCUCGCUCUAGCAUUUGCCUUCUAUGUUUUCUUUGUUCCCUUUAUUGGGAAUAAGCUGUUUGAGUACAUUGGCAUCGGCCUCUACUCACCUUUGGUGACAUCUGUUUUCUGCCUUUACAUAUGGUGUGCAGCAACUGAUCCAGGAGAUCCUGGUGUAUUCAGGUCUAAAAAGUAUGGAAAUGUUUCUUAUUCCAGGAAGGCAUCAUCUACCAAAAAUCCAUUAACUGGAUCUGCUCCUUCAGUCGAUGGCACAAAUACUGAUUCCAUUGGAGAAAAAAUUCAGUCGGAGGGGCCUUUGGUGACUGUGCUGCCAGUAAACAAAUCAAGGAAUUUAACUGGAAAUAAGAGUGGCUGCAGUGACCUUACAGCUUUGUGCAUGGUUCUAUGUGCCUGGUUCCCUUUGGUUUCUGCAUGCAAGAAUUACUGUUCAAGAAAGCAAUCUGUGGAGGAGCAAGUUUGUGAUGAUGACAUGCUUUAUUGCAGCCUGUGUGAAGUGGAGGUCUUUAAGUUUAGUAAGCAUUGUAGAGUCUGUGACAAAUGUGUUGAUGGAUUUGAUCAUCAUUGUCGGUGGAUCAAUAACUGUAUUGGUAAAAAGAACUACAAGGGGUUUUUUGUGCUAAUGGUGUCAGCUCUUCUCCUGCUUAUUCUGCAGUGGGUGAUAGGAAUCAUUGUGCUUGUGUGCUGUUUCCUCAACCGGAGUCGCUUUGAUGUGGAGAUCACUUCUAAGCUGGGCAGCGGCUUCUCUUUGGUGCCAUUUGUCAUUGUGGUUGCAUCUUGCACUGUGCUAGCUAUGGUUGCUUCACUUCCUCUUGGGCAGCUCUUCUUCUUCCAUGUUCUGCUGAUGAAAAAGGGCAUCAGUACCUAUGAUUACAUUAUAGCAAUGCGGGAACAAGAACAAGAAGCCAUGGAAGGAGUACAAAGCCCUCAGAUGUCACCUUUAAGUUCUGCCACAGCAAUAAGCAGUGCAAGUUCGGUUAGUGCUUUACACAGGGGAGCAUGGUGCACACCGCCACGGCUCUUUGUGGAGGAUCAGUUCUCUGUGUUGCGACCAGAAGGAGCGACAUCCUCCCUUGAGGCAGGCAACAUGCAUGCCCAUAGGAAGCAAGGUGGACGCAUGGGACAGAAAAACAGUGGGACAGUGAAGAUCAGUCCUUGGACUCUAGCUCGCUUGAAUGCUGAAGAGGUGUCCAAGGCAGCUGCCCAAGCAAGGAAAAAAUCGAAAGUUCUGCAGCCUAUUUCUAGGCAAGAUAAAGCAGCAGGGAUAGACACUGCUAGCAGUUUGGGGAGUAGUAGUAGAGAUAUAAACACAGACAAUAUACCUCGAUUUCAGUACAAGAAACGCAGUUACAAAAGAGGCCAUCAACAAUCUCCACCACAAAAUUUUGCAUCAAGAUCUUCCAGGUCAGCUAGGUUUCCUAUGAAACCUCUGACGAAAGCAGGCCAGUCUGUUGACCAUCAUAACAUGAAUAUUAAUCAUUCAGUUGCUGAAAGUUCUGCUAGAUUGGCUCCUCUGCAGUUUGAGGCUCGGAAUGCCUUCCGCUCUAGCCUUGCAAUGUCUAAUCAUGGGCAGAUUGCAUCAUCACCAGAGAGUAGCCUGACGUCUCCUGAUAUUCAACCAUUUAGAGAAUCAACAGCAAGUAAAAUUCCACCAAACCAGUUGGCCGCCCCUUUGUCCUUCACAAAAGGAGUUCGGCUCUGCAGAUCUACCAGUGAUGGAUAUGAAGCAUCUGGAGGAGACAGUCCAGAUGAUAGUGAUCAAGCUUCAGCAAGCACCAAACCAAAUUGGAACAGCCUACUUUUCAAUCGUGCUACUACAAGAGGUCCAAUUGUGGAGUCACUGCCAAGUCAGAUGAACGCAAUACCUUACAGAAUAGACAAGUUAAAGUCAGUGUGUCAGACAUCAGAAUUGAGGAUGCAAGCAAAUAGUGGUAAGGAUGUAAUAACAAAACCUGCAGAAGUACCUCAUGUGGCUGAUGAAAUCGAUUUCUGCCCUUCACAGUGUGAAUCCCCUGAAAGGGUCUAAAUAUUUUCUGAGUGUGCAAACAAAUCUGGAAAUGACGUAUUGCUAUGACAAUGGCGACUGCUUAGGCCAAUGCUGAGUCAUAGAUAUCACUGUCCUCAUUUUGUCUUCCAUGACCAUGAGACAUACUGUAAACUAAAAUUAUUCCUGGCCCCGUGUCCAGUAUUUUAGCUUCAGUGAUCUUCGGCCUUGUAAAAAUGCCACCAGAGUCUGGUUGGAUCCGUUCGGAUUAGAAAAUUGUUAUCGCAUGAUGUUAGAAUUGGUGGUCGAAAUCUCCCUACUAAUUAUUUCUUCUUGGCUCUUUGUUGCCCGCAAGAGUUUGUUUCAGCUUAAAAGAGGCAUCUGGAUCAUUUGGGCUCCUGUGCCAGUGCUUCAUCUGUUCCCAACUAUAUCUUUUGGCAUUGUCCCAGUCAGGAAAAAGCUAUAACCAAAUAACAAUUUGAGCAAACUGGUUUUUGAUUAACUUGCAAGAAGUUGUUUGUCACAAAUCUUGUACUCUUGUUCAUUAUUCAUAUUCUACAGAGGCAUCAUUGAUUUGGAGGCCACGCUGAAGCUUACCAAAUUCGUGAUACAUCUUAAUUGUUUCAUGAGCAUAUCUUGAUGUACACAAUAAGAGUGGCAUCUCUUCUCAAGCAUAUCCUGCCAUUUCCUAUGAUGCAGUAAGAAGCCUGCCUGAUAUGUUAGUUAUUUAAUGCCCUUAAUUCUGUCAAAGAUGAGAGUUUUAUUACCAAAGACAGUACAUUUCUUACAGUAGCUGAAGUGUGCCUUUGCAACUGAUUUGCAGUCGAGCUCUAUCUGAACUUCAUAAAUGUAGUUUUUCUUUUUGAUAUUCCUUGUAUUGGAUUGAGAAACAUGUUAGCUUAAUGAAUAUUCUGGUUAUCAUUUGCAGUCCA